CCCAUAUUUCCAGAUCGUGUUUUGAACAAUUGACAACUGAUUUUUAGAGUUGUGAGGAUACGGUUAACUUAAUUAGGUAGUUAUUCUUUGUUGUCUAACAGGGAAGAGAAAAUGAAAACGUGUCCUAUCCUACUGCACUAUAUUUUGCAACUAUAUUUUUUGGUAUCUCCGCAAGUUUUAACUCUAUCUUAGUUUUUUUUUUGCAGAUUUGUAAAACCCUAACAAUAUAUGAUGCACGAUUUGUCGUUGAAUAAUUCAAAGUUUGCGACAAUACGUGGAAUGAGACGUUGUAGACGAAUGUCAACCAUGGGACUUCCACAUAUCGACGCAAAAAUGACAGACAAGGAAUUUAAAAGGCGUCUCAGCGCUGGAGAAAACUCCAAUUUUCGAACAGUGGUCCGAGAUGUUUUUCAAGAGCAAAAAUUGGGAAUUCCAAUUCAACCUACGGCUUUAUUCUCCCCGUCAAAAUUGAGGAAAUCGUGUACACAUCCUAAACACGAGAACAGGCGGACGCCAAGCCAGAGCCAUCCGAUCUCAAUCCCAGAUGGACGGAAGAGAACUCUAGAGGAGAAAAAGAAAGAAGGCAAUUGCGAAACUGGAUCUCUCUUUUCCCUUUCCGAGGACUGCAACCAUAAUCACGAAAAUGAUAUAUUCAGUCUUCACACGAUGGAUUUACCAAAAAAGAAACACAGAAGAGAUUCCGACUUCUCGCUAUCCAAGUUGAGCAAUCCAUUAUCUGCAUCUGUUGGUUCAAAUAAAAGGAGACGUCGAAGUGAUAUUAUACAAACACUCUCCGCCUGGCGAAACGACAGGAGCGCACCUAUCAAAACAUUACGGCAAUUUUUAAUGAAGAAAUCACGAACGAAUUUGUUUCGUCAAUUUCUAAAAAAAGAAUACAGCGAAGAAAAUUUGGACUUUUGGUUGGAAAUUGAAGAAUACAGAAAAGUAAAAUCCAACAAACUACUUAAGGCAGCUACUAUCAUCUACGAAAAUUACAUCGUAGUCGGAAGUCCGCGAGAGAUAAAUAUCGAUGCUGGUACACGAACUGCGAUCGUAACGAGUAUGAAAGAUCCGGAUGUUACUACGUUUGAUCUUGCCCAAGCAAGAGUAUUCCUCCUUAUGGAAAGAGAUUCAUUCCGGAGAUUUGCCCUGAAAGAAUCAAACACUUCCCCUAGCAAAGAAAAAGCCCCAAAACGUGAUGUUGCAAAGGAAGAAGCAGCAAAGAGACAAAUUUUCAGCUCGGAAAACAAAUCAAAGUUUUCUGAUAUAAUUCACCCCAAUAUCACACAACGUCGGCGGACAAAGACUUCUGUUUGAAUCCAAACAUUGAAAUUGAUUUUAUUUAUUUAUUUAUUUAUUCCACUUUACUGAUUUGUUCUUGUACACUGUCUUCAGCACUUUGAUUCCUUUACUUUGAUUUCACGAGGACAUAUUUUGCGGCCGCGGUUCUUUAUUACAUGAUUUAUCUCGCCGGUCGAGAUUGGACAAUUUGAAAAUGUAAUCCUGUUACAUAUGUCACAUUUUGUUGUUGUUUAUUUGAAGAACACAAUACAUGUUCGUUUACUGCGUUUGUUAUAAAGUGAACUCUUUUUACCUCGCCGUAAUAUUAUGUUGUAUAUUAUAAGAUCCUAC